CUUGCGAUCACCAUCGCCGACAGAGAAAGCACUUCACAACCCGAUACCCAAAGCUGCUCACGUUGCAAUUACAUCCUUUUUUUCGUUAUGGUGCUGGAUGAGCCUCACUGACUGCUUAGUUUAUCAGAUAAAAAGAUUUCUCGUUGUCACAGAACCCACAAAUCUCCCUGAAUUUAAGGAUGGGUUGUUGUACCGGGCGCUGUGCUCUAAUCUUCCUGUGUAUCCUUCAGCUGCUUGCUGCUUUGGAGAGACAGAUCUUUGAUUUCCUGGGAUAUCAAUGGGCUCCCAUCCUUGCAAAUUUCUUGCACAUCAUUGUUGUUAUACUUGGCCUUUUUGGUACAAUUCAAUACAGACCUCGGUACAUUGUGGUGUAUGCUGUCUGGACAGCUCUAUGGGUCACCUGGAAUGUAUUCAUCAUCUGUUUCUAUUUGGAAGUAGGUGGUCUAUCAAAGGAGAGUGACCUUCUGACAUUUAAUAUAUCUGUGCACCAUUCCUGGUGGAGUGAACAUGGUCCUGGCUGUGUUAGAAGAGAGAUGUCAACCAACUAUGUGAAAAGUUUGGAUGGCCAUUCCUAUAUCUCCGUGAUGGGCUGCAUUAUUGAUUACCAAUAUAUUGAGGUUAUUCACAGCUCCUCACAAACUCUGUUGACUCUCGUUGGAUUUGUCUACGCCUGUUAUGUUAUCAGUGUUUUUACAGAGGAAGAAGAUAGCUUUGAUUUUAUAGGUGGAUUUGAUUCAUUCUCCGUCUACCAUGUGCCUCAGAAACACUCUCAUGUACUAUUAAAGCCAAUUUAUCUGUCUACGUAAGUGAAAAGACUUCUCCGCAACAACUCUUCAGCUGUCGAAGAUCAGUGCACCAAGAGCUAGCUCACCUGGUUCCAGCCAUCUCAUUCCAAAACAAUUAACUUUUUGAAUAUGCCUCAAUUUACAGUCAUUUCUAAUAUAAACAUGUUUUCAUUUAAAUUGCCAUAAUUCCCCUUGUCUAGCUUUACGAAAAAUUGCUCAUCUGAGAACCGAGAUAUGGGAAUUCAAGCAGCAAGUCUACUGGAGCAAUAUAGAGAACUGGUUUACAGAGUCAUAGGUGCACAUUAAGGAAAGAUGUCCAGUUUAGUCAUUUUUCUAUUUUCUGUACUCUGAAAAUCAAGACAGUCAGCUCUGGAUAGUGGAAAAAAGAUGUUUUACUCUUCAAUUUGCUAAAUUGUUGUUCAUCAGAAUAGCUCUUAAUUUCCUUGGGAUAGAGAAACAACAUGCCUUGCUGCCUGGCAAAAUAUUGUCUCCGUUUUAGCAGAAUGUUUGUUCAAAGUUUGUUCCAACAUUUGUUUAAACAGGAGCUGCUUCAAAUCUCAUUGAACUUUUUAUUCUUUUGUGUUAGAAUUUUUCACAAUCUUCUACUGUGAAUUGUUUUGAUUUGUGACAUGUCAAGGUUCUUAUUUGAUGUCACCUGUGCUGGCUUUCAGGUCUUGUUACAUAAAUAGAAAAUUGCUCCCACAUUAGGUUUGUUUUUCAGAUCUUUGAUUGAAUCCUCUUCAGCUUUAAUAAUCAUUCUAAGAUGAAGAAUAAAUGGUUGACUGAGCUCAGACGUAGUGUAUCUUUAGCCAUGCACUACUUGUUCUGAAAUUCAGAAACUGAAAGAUUUUUUUUAUAUAGCAUUGUUCACAACAUCAGUAUGGCUCAAAGUUCUGUACAUUUUUUGAGGUGUAGUCACUGCUGUAAUGUAAGAAACGAGGCAGUAAUUUUCUGCACAACAAGCUACACAACCAGUGUUGUGAUAUUGGUCGGAUAAUCUGUUUUACUGAUAUUGUGUUGACGGAUAUAAAGUUCCCUAUUAUUCUAAAUGGAACAUAAUGGCUUUGACAUCUAAUCUAGAGAGCAAAAGGAGCCUCAGUUUGAUAUCACAUCUGAAAGACAGCACUUCAAGCAAUGUUGCAUUCUCUCAGUAUAGCACUGGAUGCCAGCUUACAUUUUCAUCCACAAGUCUCUGGAGUGAGAUUUGAACUCCAAACCUUCCACCUCAGAGACAAGUGCUGCUAACCAAGCCACAUUUGACACCAGAUGAAAUUUCAUUAUUUAUUACACCUGUAUGAAGUCUCUACCGUAAAGACAGGUCUUGAGUGAAUGGCAAGGAGGUGUUAAUAUUUUUGAGAAUUUUAACCAUCUUGAUAACAGCUGAUGUUUACACAAAAUUAAUAUUAGCACUUCUCCCUUUCCAUGGAAACUGCAUAACUUUGCAAACUAAUUUGAAGGAAAACAUAAGGUUGUACAUUAAACACAAGCCUUUAGAUUCUGCCACCCCAUCUUGGAAGAGACGCUAUAUAAUCCUACAGCACUGCUGGCAAGAACUGCAUUAUAUGUUUAAGUAUUUAAAGGAGCACUGAGAAAGAGAGGUGAUAUUUUGUAAGAAACAAUAAAAGAGGCAACACCAUCCUUAAAACACUAUACAAAGAAUUUCACACCAUUGCAGUACAUUAAAAGUUUUAAUUUGCUACAUUAAAAUGGAAACUUGAUUAAUCUUAUCAAAGUACUUCAUGUCCAGUCUUGUGAUCUACUUCUAGUAAUGUUCUAAAUAUAUACACUUUUCAAGAAAGAUACGCCAUAUAGUUUAAGGAUUAAUAUUCUGUUUCAGGGAUAUGUCAAUUUUUGAUUGCCAUUCAUGUUAAUGGAGAGGCCAUAAAGACAUAUUGGACAGUACAGAUCUAUUACUUCCUUCUUGGGCUUCAGAUUUCUUGUUUUGAUGCUUCUGGGUCACCUUUCAUUGCUCUUUCUGAUGUGGACAUGUUAGUUCACCAACGCUAUGCAUCAGUUUACAGCAACAUGUUUAGUAAUGGUGCAGUGAAGGAUGUGAUAAUGUCUACCUGUCCUCAGCCUUUUGUUUUUAUUGACAUUAAAAUCAUUUUAUUGUCCAGUGAAGUAUGUAAUAUGACAUGCUACCCAAGGCAUUGUAUCUGCCAUUUUGUAACUUCUUAGUUUAAAGAAAAGUUUGGUGGGAAGGGUGAUAAAGAAGCAAAUCUUGGUGUACAGACUGAAUCUGCCAAUUUUAUAUUUAAGCUACUUUUGGAGAACACUGCCCUCAUCUGUUCAAAAAUAUAUUUACAUUGGGGCAUCAGAAUCCUGCCUUUGGUACUUCAAAUAAUCUUUGCGUGUCUGCUCCUGACUUAACUGUCCAUGCUUAUCAGUUGUUAUAGCAUCAGUGGGUACCUGUUUGACAGUAAAUCUUUACUGUUGGAGUUAUUAAUAGAGGCAGGUCAAUAAUCGUGCCAUCAACUGUAUAUCUGUAAAAUAUGCCAUCAAGGACAAAUCAAAAAAUCUGAAACAAAAGUAACAGCAAUUCUAAACAGAAGAUUGUAGUAACAUGUACAUUUUACAAGCCUUGUGUAAAAAUCAAACAAAAAUUGAACAUUUUAAUCUGAAAAUAAGGAAUUAUGUAAGUUUAUUUGCAGCACAUUUGAUGAAAUUUGUGGUUUCUAACUUGGUAAUGACAUUUUUGGCAACUGUAGUCCAUUGACUGCAUUAAGCUGGCACUUUUCAGCAUUUAGAAUUGCACAACCUAACAAUACAAACCAGUUUGUCCUCCACAGUUUGGUCAGACAGACCACUGCAUCUACAAGGCCAUUGUUUUAGAGGGAUAUCUAGAGCAGGAAGAAUCUUUGUGCAAAGUUCCAACCCUCUUGACUUCACUUGUGAGUCUCACUGAUAUUUCCAUUAUUCACAGUGCCUUACACCAAGUUUAGGAUCGCCAAAUUUCGGUUUGAGUUGAACUUCAAUCACCAGCCAUGUCAUUUGGACUUUGCAUAACUUCUUUUUGACAUAAUAUUAUCAAGGUCAAUAGUGUAAGCAGUAUUUCACAUGUAUGUUGGGUGUAAAAGAAAGUACAAAGAUGGGUAGCUGUUUUUGUGUAGCAGCCGAGGUAGUCAGGAAUAAUUUCUCACAAUAUUUAUACCUUGCUCAGUAUAAAAGCAGUGGGAAACAAAAUAAGUAAGAUAGAUAUGACUAUUGUAUUACAAAUAAGAGAAAAGAUGAUGACUAGCGUUCAGUAGGUUAAUUUACAUUUAGGUCCGUGUAUUACAUUAUGUUCCAUUCAGUUUAAUGAUUUUUUUUUAACUACAAAAAAUUAGGGCAUUUAACACUUGAAUUAGGACAUAUGAAGAAGAAACUCCAUCGAUUUGAAUAGGAAAUAGCUUGGUCCUUAGCAAGGUUUAGUCAAAGGUGCAACACUGUAUAUUAGUAAGCAAUACCACAUACAACACAAGUUUCUUUAUACACCACAAUAUUUUCAUUAAACAUGGAUGAGAGAAGGAAAAUAUCUCUCAGCUUUAAUGUUCCCUUCAAGCAGCAGACAGGAAAAUGUUAUAUCAAUGAAGUAAAUAUUAGCAGUAAUUCCUAAAGUUCUGAAUAUCAGGCCAGAUGAACAAAAACAAAAGGUCCAAACUAGUUGAAGGGCUCAAUAACCUCUUUGAACAUUUUUGUUCUUGAUGCAGUCUUUUAUUUAAGUUUUGAAAUGAUGGGAAACAUUUUUAUGUAUUCAUUUCAUUCACCUCUGGUCUUCACCUUGAAUACAGCUUCAUGAUUGACAGGUGCAAGAAGAGCAGAGAGUUGCAUGGACACAUCCAUCAAGAUCAUAAUUAAUAUUGAUUGCAAAAAUGUAAACAGCUUUAAAAUAGGUGGCAUCAGUGACACCUUGCAAAGGCAGCAAAAUUAACUUGAUACAGUAUAAGUUCAAUUGCUGCACUGCAAGUGAAUUUACAAAAAAAGAAGUACCCAAUAUCUUUUAUGGAUGAUUAUCUAGAGCCAUCUCUAAAAUGUUAGAAAGAUUGUCUUUUCCAUUUGCAAAAAAUAAUUUGCCUGAUAACCAGUUUUCUGUUAUAAUACACUGUCAUGUUAUAACAUUUUGGAAAGAUACCUGGGAAAGCAAUUAUUUUGAUAUUGUAAUAAUUCUGAUAGACAAUUGUGAGUAUACAUCAGAAAAUAUACAAUCAUACCAAGUGAUAAUUUUGUUGCUAUUGAUUCAUGAUUGCAUCAUGUAUUAUAAUGUAUAAUUACAUAUUAUUGAGGUUGUUUGAAAAGUGCAUUGUGACAUUGUAGAUCACAACGUUCAGUUUAUUAGCAUGUGCCUCCAUUAAAUGGCAGUCUUCCACUGUUUCUUUCAUUUUAAUGUGCUAAGUAAUAAAUAAAAGAUCUCUUUAGAAACAAAACUUUUAAUGAAACUGUAGGAUGUGAACAAAUAGACUAAGUGUGAAUAUGUAGGAUGAGGGAAAUAGUUUCCCAGAAAUUUUACA